UUUCCACCGCUAAUUCCAUGUUGGCAUCGGUUUUUUUUACACCUCUUUUCUUAAAUGGUGUGAAUCACAAUUUAGGUUACGAAGUAGACAAAGAAAAAUAAUGGCAGCCACACUGAAGCCCUAUCUUAACGCAGUUCGCCACUCAUUGACGGCGGCUAUGUGUCUGCAGGACUUCCCAUCGCAGGUGGUGGAGCGGCACAACAAGCCGGAAGUUGAGAUCUGUUCCAGCAAGGAGCUGGUCCUCACACCAGUGGUAGUGUCGCGCAACGAACGAGAGAAGGUCUUGAUCGAGCCCUCAAUUAACUCGGUGCGCGUCAGCAUUGCUGUGAAGCAGGCGGACGAGAUCGAGCGCAUCCUAUGCCACAAAUUCACCAGAUUCAUGAUGCGCCGGGCCGAGUCUUUCGUCAUUUUGCGCCGCAAACCCAUUGAAGGCUACGACAUUAGUUUUCUUAUCACAAACUUCCACACGGAGCAAAUGUACAAGCACAAGCUAGUGGAUUUCGUAAUCAGCUUUAUGGAGGAGAUUGACAAGGAAAUCAGUGAGAUGAAGCUGGCAGUCAACGCCAGAGCUCGCACCUGCGCCGAAGAAUUCCUCAAACGCUUCUAGGUGAACGCAACCCACGAUCGAGAUGUAUUUGUAUUUUCAAAACGAUUUAAGAAUAAAAACGUAUUUUAUGUUAUUUACUUCA